CUAUAGUUUUUCUUAAAAGAAAAAGAACAAGUCCUUUUCAAUCCACAAUCAUCUACACGCAAGCUUCUCUCAUAUAUAUCCUUCAUUGCAGUGUGUUAUGGGUCAUCCAUCCAUAACCGUUUCUUGAUAUUUCAACUUAAAGGAUUCCAGAGUGAGAGAGGACUGUGAGGUGCCAAUUAUGUCUUCCUGGAGUUCUCUUACCAUGGAUGAUUUCGUUGGGCCGCGUUUAUACUGUUGCUAUAAAUGCAGAAAUCAUGUAUCUGCUCAUGAUGACAUAGUAUCCAAGGCUUUUCAGGGAAGGAAUGGAAGAGCCUUUCUAUUCUCUCAUGUGAUGAAUAUAGUUGUGGGGACCAAAGAAGACAGACAUCUUAUGACUGGUGUUCACACCGUUGCCGAUGUUUUUUGUGGCGAAUGUAAUGAGUUGUUAGGUUGGAAGUAUGAACGAGCAUUCGAAGCAACGCAAAAGUACAAGGAAGGGAAGUUCAUUCUUGAGAAGUCAAAAAUUGCCAAGGAGGAUUGGUAGCCAAACCAAUCCCCCCACAUUCCUGAUUUCCUUCGUUUCACAAUGUAAAUAUGGAGAGGCAGGAGGAGCGCUGUUCCUUUUUCGACGUUUGGUCGUGUUGCUAGGAACCGGAGAAAAGUGGUUAUGCUGACCUCUAUAUGUCACGAUAAACUUACUUUCGUCCCUUUGACUUUGCUGAAUGUGUUUCUUUGCGGGGCACUUGUGCCCCUCAAAGCUACAUCUGUAAUAGCUCUUCGUAUGCGGCGAGUCGCACACCUUCUUCUUCCCGUACUUGCGCCACAACCAUCCGUCCCAUUCCUCCACUUUCUCCACCGCCACCUCAACCACCGUGACCUCCUUUGCAGACCCGCUUUUUCCAUGCUGAACUUUUGGGGUCAGGUUCGGGGACACGAUAGUAUUUUGAGGGCUUUCAUCUUUGUCAUCACUUCGAGGAUUCAUUUCUUCGUCUUGCUGCUUUCUGUUAAUGAAGCGGUCAAGAACUUCGUCUAAGCCGAAAUAACGCCUUUCGGGAAGUAAAUUGGGGAAUUCGCCAUGACGGGUUUCGGCAUUGGAGAGUCGUUCAGGAAGGCCACCAUUGAUGAAGUAGUGAUGAGCAUUGCCAUCUUGAGCAUUACCAUUGCUACUACUACUAGAAUUGCCAUUGUUGUUUCUGCAACUUCUUACCACUGCGAAAAGAUCCCAAUCAUUGUUAUCAUGACCAUCCAUUAUCUCCAGUCUCCUUCGCUCUCUAAUCUUUUGUGAGCGUGUGGGGGUUAAUAUUGAUGGAGGGGAGGAGGCUUUAUUAGAUAAUUUAAUUAAUAAUGUGAGAUGCUGAAUUAAUUAUCUAUAAAUAAAUCAUUAUGAUUAGUUUCCACGUGUAAAUUUAGAAACAAGGUUCUGUUUUAAUUAGUGUUUCUUUUAAUGGGGAGAUUUUAUGAGGUACUAUAUAUGGGAU